GAGGGUUCGGAAGCGAAGCAACUAUUCAAAGUAGGCUCGGUGCGGGAUCGAGUGCGACAGACUAUGAAGGAUUUAGUAGCCGAAAGCGGAAAAGGCCCGUCGGGUGAGGCGCCCCUAGACCCUCCAAAAAGGAAAAUAAGCGUGCUCGACCGAUUAUAUGCUGUCGCCUCCUUCAAGAGCCAAGCCGACGAUCUCAAUUCUCUGGCCGCGCUCCCCGAGAUCACCGAGCAAGAAGUCCGACUCCAUGGGACCCCCCAAGACUGCUGGGUCAUAGUGAAUGAAUUAGUUUACGAUAUCACCGACUUUAUGCAGAAACAUCCGGGAGGAUCCGAAAUUCUCUGGGAGCACCUCGGCCAUGAUGCGACCUUUGCUUUCAUCGGUGCCGGACAUUCGAAGAACGCGUAUAGGAUGAUGGAUAAAUUUUUGCUCGGUAGACUCGUUCGCGAUUGACCGUGAAUCAGGACCAUAUGGACGACUUCUCAUCACAUUGACUGUAAACUGAUCCCGCACGACUUCAUAUCCAUGUAUGCGUUCUGUCAAGAUAGAUAGAUUCCGGAUAGGGACUCAUUCCCUUCCCUAUCGAGGAUGGGGACUCAUUCGCUCCGUCACCGUCGCACACGCCACGAGAAACACCGAUUCAGGCUCCAGGACACUCUCGUCGGAGUGGUGCUUGAGCAGAAAAUUAUACAAGGAGGCCUACAAGCUCAUCGAAUCAACUUAUUAAAACUAAAACA